UUCAAUUAGGCCCAUAGUAAAACCCUCCUUUCCCUUGCUACAUACCAAACCUUCAACUUCCUCCCACAAGAAAACAUGACCAACAAAUGCUCACCAAGCUACUCAAAGCCAACCACCCUCUCCCCCGUCUCCGCCACCAUUCCACCGCCACCCUACCACCGUCAUCCCCACAAGCCACCUCCAUAUCCCACCUCAUCCUCAACACCACAAACCCACAAACACUAACCCAAUCCCUCCACUCCCCCACCAUCCAAUGGACUCCACAACUAGUUAAUCAAAUCCUCAAACUUCUAUGGAACCAUGGCCCGAAGGCUCUCCUUUUCUUCAAAAUCCUCUCACACCACCCUUCAUAUUCCCACAAAGCUUCCGCCUUUGACCACACCAUCGACAUUUGCGCCCGUCUCCGAGACUUCCGAACCCUCUGGGCCCUUGUCUCGCGCAUGCAGUCGUGCCGCCUCGGUCCUUCUCCGAAAACCUUCGCAAUUAUUGCUGAACGGUACGUUUCCAUCGGCAAACCCCAUAGAGCAGUUAGAAUUUUCUUGUCAAUGCAUGAUUAUGGCUGCUUUCAAGAUUUGAAUUCUUUUAAUACAAUUCUUGAUGUGUUGUGCAAGUCUAAGAGAGUUGAGAUGGCUUAUAAUUUGUUUAAGGCUUUGAGAAGUAAGUUUAAAGCUGAUAAUGUUAGUUAUAAUAUAAUUGUUCAUGGCUGGUGUUUGAUUAAGAGGACACCUAAGGCUUUGGAGAUGUUGAAGGAGAUGGUUGAGAGAGGUUUAACUCCGAAUUUGACGAGUUAUAAUAUAAUGCUCGAUGGGUAUUUUAAAGCUGGUCAGAUUGAUGAGGGUUGGGAUUUCUUCUUGGAAAUGAAGAAAAGAAAAUGUGAGAUCGAUGUUGUUAGUUAUACUUGUGUGAUUCAUGGACUUGGCGUUGUAGGUGAGAUUAAGAGAGCUCGGAAUGUUUUUAAUCAGAUGGUGAAGGAUGGGGUUCUUCCUUCCGUGGCUACUUAUAAUGCUUUUAUUCAAGUUUUGUGUAAGAAGGAUAGUGUUGAUAGUGCUAUAUUGGUUUUUGAUGAGAUGGUAAAAAAGGGUUAUACGCCUAAUUCGAUAACUUGGAAUUUGGUAGUUAGAGGACUGUGUCAUGCGGGUGAAAUGCAGAGGGCGUUGGAGUUUGUGGAACGAAUGGAAGGUGAUGAAUGUGAGCCUAAUGUUCAGACGUAUAAUAUUUUGAUUAGAUACUUUUGUGAUGCGGGAGAGAUAGAGAAGGGAUUGGAGUUGUUUGAGAAGAUGGGUACUGGGAAUUGCUUGCCGAAUUUGGAUACCUAUAAUUUACUAAUAAAUGCGAUGUUUGUGAGGAAAAAAUCGGAUAAUCUUUUGGUGGCAGGGAAAUUAUUGGUUGAGAUGGUUGAUAGAGGAUUUCUUCCUCGAAAGCUUAUUUUCAAUCGGGUUCUUGAUGGGCUUUUAUUAACCGGCAACCAAGAUUUUGCAAAAGAGAUUCUGAGUUUACAGAGUAGAUGUGGCCAUCUUCCACGUAAAUUCAAAUUAUGAAGCCUUUUUUUAAUUUGAAAUAGCUCCAUAAAUGUGCAGCAUAUCUGGUCGUGAUAACUUUUUGAAUUGUACAAUAUAAAACAGCUGCAGUAUCAUAGUUAACAAUGCUGCUGUUAUUCAUCAGCUUGGUAUUACAGUGAGGUUAAGAAAACCGGGAGAGAGAGAGAGAGAGGCAGGUUUUCCUUUUAGUAGCUAGUUUUAUGGCAUUGGUGCAUCACUAUUUGGAGAUAUUACAGUAGAAUGCUGAACUUUCUAGUAGAUUGGUGAACAUUGAAAAAGGAUUAAUGCCUACACUCACCGGCAGUUUGGUUACAAGACUAUCUUGCUUGCGAGACAAGAUAAAUUUGCUUCUCAAGGGUGUCCGUUUACUUGCUUGUGCAUACAUUUAUGUGUUCACAAUUCACAUCAUCAUUGGCGAUUAUAGAGUGCGUUUUCCCUCAACUUGAAAUCAUUCUCUCUCAGCUGCAGGUUCUUAGACCAGAAAUUUGUCAUUUGAGGUUUAGUAGUACAUAGAAACCAUAUUCAUUCCUUAUUUUCGUUUCUCUUCCCAGGCACCAUUGCUGGGUGGUUAUGGUUUUCAUGAACUAACAAACAAAUCCAUACAUUUGGGGAUGAUGAUCUGCAGAGUACAGAACUACAGACUAUAAUUCUGGUUCCCUUUUGUCGGCUCCUUUAAUGCUGGCCGCCUCAGUAAUUAAUUAUAGGUAAGUUUAUUAUAGCUUCACAACUUAUGUAGUAAUUAUGUUGAAUAAGGCUCUGUAGUUUAUUUGUGCGACCUCAGGUUCUAACGACCGCAGCGUUGCUGUCUAAAAAAUAGACUUAGAAACAACGUAUAUAAUCGCAGAUUAGUACGAAGGAUGGAGUCGCCACUAAAAAUUCGGUGUCUACAGGUUUCCUGUAUUUAUCAUCCUUAGGGCAUACGAUAAGGGAUCGUGAUGCGGAGGAAGCAGUUUGGCAUGCUUAGUGAACUGACUGAUUCCCCCAGCUCAGAGAAGCAAAGAGAUUGUUUUGGCAUGUCUGUCCCUUGUAGAGGGAAAUCUGUUGCUUUUGUGUUUAGACAUGGUCACAUGGGAAACUUCUUUUUACUGAGCUGGUUAACGCAUUGUAGUAUAUGAUAAUGUAAUUUGCAGACAUUUUUGUAUUUUUUAAAUGGGAGGUCACUGGACAAGUUAAGGUGGUGUUUGGUUCAAUUUUAUAGUGGAAUUUAUAUUAUUUUUAAA